UAAAACCCUCGCCGUCGUCGCCCCAAUCCCCCAAAUCCAACUCCGACUACAGCAAAGAAGAUCCAUCGAUCGAUCGAUCUUGGAGCCCGGCGCACCGCCACUCGAUCCGAUCACAUACAGCGAAGAAAGAUUAAACCGCCGCCGCCGCCGCGAUGAAGUUGCAGACGGAGGCCGCCGCCGCCGGGGGGGAGGGGAGGCUGAUGAUCCGGCAGGUGUGGGCGAACAACGUGGAGUCGGAGUUCCAGGCGAUCCGGCAGGUGGCGGAGCGGUUCCCGUACGUGUCCAUGGACACGGAGUUCCCGGGCGUGAUCCACUGCCCCAGCAAGCACCACGCGACGCUGACCCCGUCGGAGCGGUACGCGGCGCUCAAGGCGAACGUGGACGCGCUCCACCUCAUCCAGGUGGGCCUGGCGUUCGCGGCGUCCCCCGACGCGGCGCCGGCGGUGGCGUUCGAGAUCAACCUGCGCGAGUUCGACCCGCGCGUGCACCGCCACAACCCCAGCUCGGUGGCCUUGCUGGCGGGCCACGGGCUGGACUUCGCGAAGCAGCGGAGGCAGGGCGUGGACGCGCGCGUGUUGGCGGCGCUGCUCAUGUCGUCGGGGCUGGUGUGCUCCGGUGGCGCGACGUGGGUGACGUUCCACUCGGCCUACGACUUCGGGUACCUGGUGAAGCUGCUCAUGGGGCGCAAGCUGCCGCGCACGCUGCCCGAGUUCCUGGGCCUGGUGCGCGUCUUCUUCGGCGACCAGGUGUACGACGCGCGGCACGUCAUGGACAGCUGCGCCGGGCUCUACGGCGGGCUGGACGCCCUGGCGGCGCAGCUGGGCGUGCGGCGCGCCGCGGGGAUGUCCCACCAGGCGGGGUCGGACGCCGCGCUCACCUGGGACGUCUUCCGCCGCAUCCGGGAGGUCUACUUCGCCGGCGGCAGCAGGAGGCAGGGCCAGGGCGUCGGCAGCUUCGCCGGCGUGCUCUACGGGCUGGAGCUGGAGCUCCACCUUGCCGCGCCCCUCGCCCCCGCACCCGCCGCCGACAACGUCAACAGGAACAAUAAGAACAAGUGCGGCAACGGCAACGGCGCCGGCGGGCGAGGCAACAACAGGCGGGCCGUGGCGGCGCUGAGAUGAACCGACCCGACCCGACCCGACCCGACCGAUGAUUAGUUGUGGAGCGGUUAACCUUGCGUUAAUUGCUUAUGAUCUUCCGAGCCGAUCCGAUCCGAUAGCUUAGCUCGUUCCUUUUCUGCGUGUUCUUUCUCUCUGUACAUAGAGCUAGCGGUUUAAUCCGUGAUGGUCUGAUGGGCAAUAAUAACAUGUCUUCGUUCGUUGGUUUAUUAA